AUGAGCAUGGUCGCCGACUCCAACUCUCCCAGCGACCGCGACUCCCCCAACGCACCCUCCUCGGCGACCAGUACCCAGGGCCAAGCACCCGUCGUUGCUGUUCCUGCUGCAUGUCUCGCAUGUAGAGGCAAGCACCUCAAGUGUGAUGGCCAGAACCCUUGCUCGCGAUGCCAGAGCUCGCAGUCGGAAUGCGUCUAUGUCGCCUCCCGUCGAGGCUACAAGGGCCCGAGGAGGAACACUGCCGCCAAUCCCAAUAAGAGGGCGCGAUCUUCGUCCCCCACAUCUACCGUCGCUGGUGCUGUCGGCGACAGCUGCCCGAUGCUUCUUGGCGCCAAUGGCACCUCGGCCGCGAUGCAGAACACAAUGGCUCCGUUCAACCCCGGCGUCGUCCUCCCGGACACCCCGAGCACGGCCUUUGGCGCAACGCCGAACCUGACGAAUCUGCAACUAUACCGAUCCUUCGGUGCCGCGAUUGGCUUCAAUUCGAACCAGUUAGCACUGAAUCAGCAGCAAAAUGGAGUCCCUGCUCAAGUGCCCGUGCCGACCCUCGCAGAACGGUGUCUAGACUCGUUCUACCACCAUUUCCAUGCCUCCCACCCAUUCGCCCUCCCUAAAGAAUGGCUUCUUCGUAUAAUGCGCGAUACAAACGUGGAGCCUCUUUUGGCCGCCAUUCGGUGGGUUGGCUCACUCUUUCUUGAAAUCGGGCCCGCCCGCGCCGGCUUUUUGGAUGAAGCACUCCGGCUUGUGCAGGAUCCCACAACGACCAGGGACGGUUUCUUCGUGCAGGCUCUGAUUCUCUUGAUUGUCGCACUGGAUGGAAGUUGCCAACAAGAAAAAGCCCGGACUCUGCUGGGGGAAGCUGAGCGUAUUGCCAUUGAGCAGGGAAUGAACACCAGAGAAUAUGCCACACAAUAUGGCCGAGGCAUCCCGAUUCUGGAGGAGAGCUGGCGGAGGACAUGGUGGGAUUUGUUUGUGGUGGAUGGCAUGGUAGCUGGAGUCCAUCGCCAAACGAACUUCCUCCUCUUUGACGUCCCAGCUGAUGCUGCUUUGCCGUGCGAAGAGCACCAAUUCAUGUCAGGGAACAUCCCCCCUUCAAUGACUCUUGCGGAACUGGAGGACCAGGACUUCUCAGGAGAGGAGCGAGAAUUUUCUUCCUUCUCCUACCGCGUUCUCGCUGGGCGAAACUUGGGCAAGUUCAUGCGGGUUCCGCCCAUCUUCGGCCCAGAGGACGAGAAUUUGGCGCGUAUCGAGGCACUCCUCACAAACUGGCGACUCCAUCUGCCUUCGUCUAAAAAGGACGCGUUGAACCAGAAGCUUCAGUCUGACGAGAUGAUUUUCCAGGCAAACAUGAUGACCCAUGCGACAUCCAUCAUGCUGCAUCAACCGCACUCACAGCUCGAUUCGUCGCCUGCGCGAUCUGUCACGUCCUGUGCCCCGCAUAGGCCGGUGCCAUCCGGGGACUUGUUCAACUCCCACACCAACCACACCAUCACCUCGGCUGGCGAAAUCAGCAAAAUGAUCACGCACCGGGUGCCUCUGCUUUCACACACUCACUUCUUCACCUGCGUCGUCACGCUUUCAUCCAUCGUGCACCUGAGCAAGUGGGCAUUGUUCUUCAUUCCACACGACGAUGACGAAUUGCGACAACAGAUCCGCUUAAACAUUGGGGCUCUGAACAAGCUCUCGGCGGUCUGGAAGGCGGCAGGAAACGCCUCGGGGCAGGUCAAGGGGGUCGCGCAGGAGAUCUAUCGCACAAAGAAGGCGUCGCAGAUCAACCCAUCUUACUGGCAGGGCUUCACGCAGGAGGAGGUGAUGAACAGCAUCGCUGCGGAUGAGACCAUCAUGCACGACAUUGAGACCGGGCUUGGGUCCAUCCCGAUGCCUAACCUCGACAGCCUUGAGCCUUGA